GAAGGAUCGAAGCGUCGAAAAGAGAAGAUCAACAAGCUUAAGACCACGAUGGCCUGCCUGUACGACGAGGACCUCCAUAUCAUUGGUAUCCAGGGGGCAAGGACACCCUGGGGCGUCCGCGACGCAGGACAAAACGACGACGCCAGAUGCGCCAACGCCAACUGCUACCACAUCAUUUCCAGCGGCCACAAAGGGUUCAACUACGGCUGCGAGCUUCAUGUUCUACUCAGCAAACCCUACGGCAAGAGCGGCAAAAAGGAACUCUUCUUCAAACCUGACCAGUUCACAGUCACUGUCAAGGACCCCAGGCUCCUUAUCGUUCGCGUUGCCGCCCCUGGCUUCAACCACGUGCUUGCCGUCGCCCAUGCACCGCACUCGAAGGCCCUCGCGACCGAGAAGGAUAGCUACUGGAAGAAGCUCGCGGAGAACACCGAAAAGCACCAAGUCAGCAUCAUCUUCUUCGACGCAAAUGCCAGGACAGGCAACAUCACCAGCACGGCCAUCGGCGACAAGGGCUUCAAGCAAAACGAGGACCCAAACGGACACCGUCUACAUGAGCUGCUCCUGACCAACCACCUGGCGGCCGCCAACACCUUCGUCAGUCAUGGACCAGAGCAUCAUACCUGGCACUCGGGCAGGGGCCCUCAUCGCAUCGACUACGUCAUCAUCCCCCAAAGCUACAUAGACUCCAUCGAGGAGUGCGCCGUGCUCUACGGCAUAGACAGCGGCCAAGACCCAGAGACCAAGGACGACCACUACCCAGUCAAGCUGCAGCUUGCCUACCAGAUCAUCUCGUCCGUCACCAAAGGAAUCCCGAAGUUAGACGAGAGCAAGCUAGCCGACGAAGGGUGCCGCAAAAAGUUCUGCCAAAAACUCAACGAGGUCAAACACCCGCCCUGGGACACCAACCUCAACGAGCACCUCACAAUAGUCGCUGAGAAGAUCACGGGGGCCGCGUGCGAGUGCUUCCGCUCCAACAGCCGCGCCCCACACAAGCCCUACCUCACCAGGAGGCUACGCUACACGGCAAAGAUCAUCGCGAGGGAAGCCCUCCUGCCCGACCCCGCAGAUGCGAGUGCCCUGGCCGAUCUCAGCGACUACGUCAAACUUGUGGUGGACUCUAUCAUACUCAGCACUCCCAGCCUAGCUCCCCAUGUCGUGGAACCCGACGAUGCCAACACCGCGCGCAGCGCCCAGCACUACUUUGACGCCCUUCUCCAAUUCCUCGGGACGUCUAAGUCGACACUACAGAAGUGGACCACGACAGACCGCGACGACUUCCUUGAGAGAACCGCCGACGAGAUGGGUGCAGCGAUCGACGACCACGCCCCCCGUUUAGAGGCCCUGCACGCCAAGCGACUACUGGCCUCCGGAGGACGAAAGUCAAAGAUGCCGCCGACGCCCAUCAUCCGCACCAACGACGACGGGGAGCCCCUCACGAAGAAGAGCGAGAUCGCCGACCACGCCCUAGCCUUCCACGGCAAAGUUGAGCAAGCUAUUGCCACGGAUGCAGACGGGGUAGCAGCCGACUACAACAAAAGGACCCGCCACGCAGGACCAGGACCUAAGAUCCAAAACAUAAUACCCAAGCACCAGCUGACCAGCCAGCUCGCCGCCGCCAAGCGAGGCCGCCGAGGAGGCCCUGACCAGCUCACCGACGACGUGUCCAGAGCCAGCCCUGAAGGGAUGGCUCGCCUGCUCCACCCCGUCCUAGUCAAGACCCACUUCGAGAGCACCGAGCCUAUCGCCGCCAAGGGCGGGUACUCCACGUAUUUCCACAGAGGACAGGGGGCCAUGGAGCUCCAGAAAUCAUACCGCGGCAUCCUGCUCAACAACACCAUCGGCAAGAUGCACAGCACCUUCCCCCGAUCCCGCGUGAAGUGCCUGCUACCUGAGCUACUAGAAGCAACCCAGUGCGGCGCCCGUCCCAAGAUGGCCACGGAUUUCAUCACUCACACCAGCCUCGCCUUCAUCAGCGACUGCCAGAGGAGAUCAAGAUCAUGCAACAUCACCUUCCAGGAACUCAGGGAGGCCUUCCACUCCGUCAUCAGGGAAUUAUGCAUGCAAUUGCCGACCGCCGCUGACGAGCUCAACGAGCUCAUCGAACGGAUCGACAUUCCCGACUUCAUCAGACCAGCUCUAAAGGAACGACUCCAGCAACCCGCCUACAACAACCAGCACAUCGACGACGAGCACCUCUGCCACAUGAUCGCAGCUCACCGCACCUCCAACUUGACGACAGCCAAGAGCGCAAGGCACUGCCAGCUGCCUCGGACCAGCACCCGACCUGGAGUGCCAUACCCGGAUGUCGCCUUCAACAUGCACUUCGCCAUCAUGCUGAGGGCACUCGAUCAGGCAGUUCGAGAGGAAGAGGCCCACGGCCAGCAGACAGGAGGACACGAUAUAGAGGCCUGCAGUGAGCCUCUCUUUUCACCAACCCCCCAGGAAGGAAGCGCGCUCAGAAACGUGUCCUUCGUCGACGACCCCACCGACUACAACUCGACCGCCAAUGCCAACGAACUGAUCAACGCGACAGCUCUGGCAGCUGCCGGGCUCUGCACAGCAGCAUUCCAGCAUGGCCUGAAGCCACGCCCAGUAAAGACCAAGGCCAUCCUCAUGCACUACGGCGCGGGGGCCAAGAAGGAGAAACAACGGAUAGCCAAGGAGGGCAUCACAUACCUAGAAUUGGACGGGCUUGCUAUCAAAGUGCAGCUGGUAACGCAACAGAAAGCCCUCGGUGCCAUCAUCUCGGCGGGCGGGGUCAUGGGGCCAGAGAUCAGCCUAAGGGUCAACCGCGCGCUCGGUGCAGCCCGGCCCCUAGCGAAGCAGAUCCUCCGCCGCAAGAAGCUCUCGAAGAAAGCCAAGGUCAAGUACGUCCACGCUUUUCCGACAUCCUCGCUUACCUACAACCGCCAU